AUGUCGAAGUAUCUUGAUAUUAUUACUCCUACACUUCCACCGGCGAAGAUCAAACAAAAAUGGCCGGCUGCUGCCACCCGGGCCACGAGGGUGUGGCCCGUGUUUGGCAACAUGUUCGAACUCGGCAACGAGCCACACAAGACACUAAUGAGUCUAAAACAAAAAUACGGUUCAGUGGUUUGGUUAAAGCUCGGUUCUAUUAAUACUAUGGUGAUUCUCUCCGCAGAAGCCGCGGCAGAGUUUUUCAAGAACCAUGAUGUGGCUUUCGCGGAGAGGUCAGUAACCGAUGUGAUGAAAUCACAUGGAUAUCAUAAAGGGUCUCUAGCUUUAGCACCCUACGGUACUUACUGGCGAAUCAUGAAACGAAUCAUGACCGUUCAAAUGUUAGUCAACAAACGGAUCAAUGAAACAGUUGAUAUCCGACGAAAAUGUAUCGAUGAUUUGACCGAAUGGAUAAAUAAUGAAGGUAGAAUUAACUCCUCUGGUGGAAUUCAUGUAGCUAAAUUUAUAUUUCUUGCCUCGUUUAACAUGUUGGGAAAGCUGUUAUUAUCGCGGGAAUUAGUCGAUCCAAAAUCCGAAAAGGGGUCUGAAUUUUUUACUGCUAUGGUUGAGUUAAUGGAAUGUUCUGGACAUCAGAAUAUUGUAGAUGUAUUUCCAUGGCUGAGAUGGAUUGAUCCUCAAGGUUUGAGAAAGAAGAUGGAUCGUGGACUUGGGAAAACAAUUGAAAUUGUUUCGGGUUUUUUAAACGAACGGUUUGAAGAGUUAGAAAGAACGGGAGAGAAGAAGAAAGAUUUUUUGGAAGUUUUGCUGGAAUAUGAAGGCAAAGGCAAGGAUGAACCUGAAAAGCUAUCAGAUCAAGAACUCAUCUUGAUUAUUCUGGAAAUAUUUUUAGCUGGUUCAGAGACAACAAGCAGCAGUAUAGAAUGGGCAAUGACAGAGUUGUUAAGCAAUCCAGAAGCAAUGGACAAAGUUAAAGCCGAGCUAACUGAGGUUCUUGGAAAUACCAACAAGAAAUUCGAAGAAACUAACAUCGAUAAUCACAAGUAUUUACAAGCUGUCGUAAAAGAAACUUUAAGAUUGCACCCACCAAUUCCAUUUUUAGUUCCUAGAAAAGCAAUUCAAGAAACUGAAUUUUUGGGGUAUAAUAUUCCAAAAGAUACACAAGUUUUCGUGAACGUUUGGGCAAUUGGAAGAGAUCCCGAAUGUUGGAAAGACCCUUUUGAUUUCAAGCCAGAAAGGUUCUUGGAUUUGAAAACUGAAUACAGGGGUCAGAAUUUUGAGUUUAUUCCGUUUGGUGCAGGGAGAAGGAUUUGUGCUGGAAUUCCACUUGCUCAUAGAAUGUUGCAUUUGCUGUUGGGAUCGUUGUUACAUGAAUUUGACUGGGAGAUUGAUAAUUCUCUUCUUGAUGAGGUAUUGGAUACACAGGACAGAAUGGGAGUGACUGUUAGAAAAUUAAAGCCAUUGAAAGCAAUUCCAAAGAGAAAAAACAAAACUCUAUGAUUUUACAUUUUAGUGUUUCUCCCUCUGUUAGGAGUGCUCAUUUAAUUUCCUUUUUUUUUUUUUUUGUAUCUAAAGUUUUUCAAUCUAUGUUCCACAGAACGAUUAUGGA